CCCCUCCGAGCUCUCUCCCUCCCAUCAUCUUUUUCCCCAAGCCCAUCCUCUCCCCUCUCGCCUCCCUCUUCAAAUCACCAUUCUCCAAGUCAACUACAACGUCUCCAUUAAUGGCGUUCUCCCCCGCGAGCCAGCUCCACCCCUCCACCUUCUUCGACUCCCUCCACUCCUCCUUCUCCCGCCGCCUCCACUUCCUCUGCCGCCCCUCCUCCCAAAGCCUCGGGUUCUCCGAUUUUUGCGCCCACAAACGAUGCCUACAUCGCAAAACCCCACCUCUUCUCCCCAAAACCACCUCCGACGACCUCUCAUCGGCGCCCUCGUGGAUCCGCAGCUGGGAACGCGGCGUCCGCCCCUCGCCGCUGCUCCCGAAGCGCCCGCGCGCGGUGUUGGACUACCGCGAGGGCCUAUCUAGCGACGAGGACGACGUGGGCACCAGCCGAAGCACCCGGAGCAGCACCAUGGAGAAGAUCGUGGAGAAGCUGAGGAAGUUCGGGUACAUCGACGACUCUCGCGAGAUAAAGGAGCGACCUUUACCCGAAAAGGGAUCCGUGGAGGACAUAUUCUACGCUGAGGACGGGGUUUUGCCCAAUGCAAGAGGGGGGUUGUCGCUGGAUGUGGACGAGGAGGCGCGGUUUCCGUGGGAGAAGCCAUUGGAGGCAAAGGAAGGCUCGGCGAGGACGAAGAGAAGCAAGACCUCGUUGGCGGAGCUCACGCUUCCGGAGGGAGAAUUGAGGAGGCUGAGGCAUCUAGCGAUCAGAAUGAAGUCGAAGACGAAGAUCGGAGGCGCGGGUGUGACGCAGGAGAUCGUGGAUUUGAUCCACGAGAAGUGGAACACGAGCGAGGUGGUGAGGCUCAAGUGCGAGGGCCCUCCGGCGCUUAACAUGAAGCGGAUGCACGAGAUACUAGAGAGAAAAACAGGAGGAUUGGUGAUAUGGAGAUCAGGAACUUCUAUCUCUUUAUAUAGAGGUGUAGCUUAUGAGGUUCCUCAGCCCGCGAAAACACCGUACCACAACGGGCAAGGAACUGGCGCAAACUCCUUAAACAGAACUGCUUACAAGCCAUCUUUAGUUCCCGCCGAGCUCGAUAGACCAAGCACGCGAGAUUCUAAUAGACAUCUCUCAACUGCAAUUCAGAAAGAGAGGGGAAAACAAUCGCCCCCUGAAAUCAAGUACGAAAGUGAGAUUGACAAGCUGUUAGAUGAGCUCGGUCCAAGAUAUACUGAUUGGCCUGGUUGUGAUCCAUUGCCUGUCGAUGCUGAUUUGCUUCCGGGCAUAGUUCCAGGUUAUAAACCCCCUUUUAGGAUUCUCCCAUAUGGGGUGAAGCCUUCUAUCGGACAAAAGGAUGGUACUGCACUACGUAGACUUGCAAGGACUUUGCCGCCUCAUUUUGCUCUUGGAAGAAAUAGGCAGCAUGAAGGAUUAGCGACUGCUAUGGUGAAGCUGUGGGAGAAAAGUUCCAUAGCGAAAAUUGCUCUCAAGCGAGGGGUGCAGCUUACUAGUAGUGAAAGAAUGGCUGCGGAUAUCAAGAAACUAACAGGAGGCACGAUUCUUUCAAGGAACAAGGAUUUCAUUGUCUUUUACAGAGGGAAGGAUUUCUUGUCCCGGGAAGUAGCAGAGGCAUUGCUUGAAAGGGAAAGAUUGGCAAAGGCAUUGCAAGAUGAAGAAGAACAAGCACGCUUGCGCGCCGCCUCUUCAGUUUGUUCAGAUAUUGAGACAGUUGGAGAGCCUGGAGCGGCUGGUACUCUGAAAGAAACUCUAGAAGCUGAUGCCAAAUAUGGAAGCAAACUUGAUGAUGAUCAUGUGAAUAAGAUGAGGAGAGCUGCUGAAAUGGCAAGGCAUGCUGAGCUCGUGAGGAAGCUGGAGUGGAAGCUUUCUCUUGCUCAACGGAAGAUAAUGAAAGCUGAAAAAGCAUUAGCCAAAGUGGAGGAAUCCUUGAAGCCUGUAGGACCUACCAAAGAUCCUGAAACAAUAACUGAUGAAGAGAGGUUCAUGUUUCGCAAGCUUGGAUUAAGGAUGAAGGCUUUUUUGCUUCUCGGCAGAAGAGGAGUUUUUGAUGGCACAGUUGAAAAUAUGCACUUGCAUUGGAAGUAUAGGGAAUUGGUUAAGGUCAUUGUGAAAGCAAAGACUUUUGCACUUGUUAAGAACAUUGCGCUGUCACUGGAAGCAGAGAGUGGGGGUAUCUUGGUCUCUGUGGACAAGAUAUCCAAGGGCUUUGCUAUUAUAGUGUAUCGCGGAAAAGAAUAUCAAAGACCUCCUAGUUUGAGACCUAAGAAUUUAUUGACUAAGAGGAAGGCUUUAGCACGGUCUAUCGAGCUUCAGAGGCGUGAGGCUCUUAACAAGCACAUCAAAAACUUAAACAAAAGGGUGGAUCAGUUGAAGUCUGAGCUGGUCCAAAUGGAAGACGUGAGAGAGCAAGGAGAUGAUGAAUUGUAUGAUAGACUGGACACUGCGUAUUGCACUGAAGAGGAAGAGACAGAGGAUGAGGAUGAUGACGCUUAUCUCGAAACUUUUGAUAGUGUUCUUAACACUAAUAGAGGCGAAGAUGGUGGCAUUGGGAGCUACCCUGAUGAAGACGAAGAUGAAGAUGGUGACUAUGAUGAACAUGAUGAGGCCAACGGCGUUGAGAACUAUCUUGAUGAAGAUGAUGAAGAUAGUGGGGUUGAGAGCCGUCUCAAUGAAGAAGAUGAUGAUGAGGAAGAUAAUCGAGGAGACGACGAGCAUGAACACGGCACGACUGGCAAUGUACAUGGGUCUAGUAAUUACUUGUGCGAUCGACAAAAUGAAAAACCAAGCGAGACAAACAGAUCGCUUCACUAUUCCUGAUGGAGCUGUAUAUACAAUAUUCUGCUACUCAAUAUACCAAUAAUUACAUCCUGUGCAAUUUUGUUUGUAAAAA